AGAAUGGAGAUAACGGGCUGCCAGUCGAUUACUGGUACACAAUUUGAUUUUACCUACAAUUUUUGUAUUCGUGUUUGUGAUACGCACUUGAGGUUUCGACCACCACAUAAAUGUUAUUAAGUGCCUAAUUUAAAGGUGGAAAUUGCGGCGAAGACGCUGGGACAUCAGUUGAAAACGUUCCGUCUGAAGGAGAUCCGUGCGGGAAAAUCGUGUACUAUCUCUGAUGCGGACUAAUUUUUCCACUUGUUAAUAAUUUGUAAUUAUUAUUUGUGACAUCCAAACACCGUAAAAAUGCCAAAUGUUCGAGGGGAUGGCAUGCGAGGACUGGCUGUGUUUAUAUCGGAUAUACGAAAUUGCAAAAGCAAGGAAGCGGAAAUAAAACGGAUCAAUAAAGAGCUUGCCAACAUCCGAUCAAAAUUCAAAGGAGACAAAACCUUGGAUGGAUACCAGAAAAAGAAAUAUGUUUGUAAACUGUUGUUCAUUUUCCUGCUGGGCCAUGACAUUGAUUUCGGACACAUGGAAGCCGUUAAUUUACUCAGUUCCAACAAGUACAGCGAGAAACAAGUGGGAUACUUAUUCAUUUCGGUCCUGAUUAGCGCCGACAGCGAGCUGAUGCGCCUGAUCAUCCAGUCGAUCAAAACCGAUUUGAACAGCCGUAAUCCGAUCUUCGUUAAUUUAGCCCUCCAGUGCAUUGCAAACAUCGGUAGCAAAGAAAUGGCCGAGGCAUUCCAACAGGAUAUUCCACGCCUGCUCGUAUCGGGAGAUGCGAUUGAUAUGGUUAAGCAGAGCGCAGCGUUGUGUUUGCUGCGUCUUUUCCGGGCUUCUCCGGAUGUGGUUCCCGGUGGCGAGUGGACAUCACGCAUUGUGCAUUUGUUGAAUGAUCAGAACAUGGGAGUAGUUACGGCUGCGUCGAGUUUAAUCGAUGCGCUUGUAAAGAAGAAUCCGGCGGAAUAUAAAGCAUGUGUUUCGCUGGCCGUAUCUCGACUGAGCCGCAUUGUGACUUCUCCUUACAAUGAUUUACAAGAUUAUACGUAUUACUUUGUUCCUGCGCCGUGGCUUUCCGUAAAACUGUUACGACUGCUGGAGAAUUAUCCACCAUCAGAUGACGCCAGCAUCAAAUCCCGCUUAAAUGAGUGCCUGGAGACCAUACUGAAUAAAGCUCAAGAGCCGCCCAAAUCAAAAAAGGUUCAGCAUUCCAAUGCCAAAAAUGCUGUUCUUUUCGAAGCCAUCAGUUUGAUUAUCCACAUGGAUUGCGAACCGGGUCUGCUUAUAAGAGCUUGCAACCAACUUGGUCAGUUUUUACAGCAUCGAGAGACCAAUAUGCGGUACCUUGCUCUAGAAAGCAUGUGUCUUCUUGCGACCAGCGAAAUUUCCCAUGAAGCCGUUAAAAAACACCAAGAAACGGUUAUCAAUGCCUUAAAAACCGAGCGGGACGUCAGUGUGCGACAACGGGCUAUUGAUCUUUUGUACGCUAUGUGUGACCGCAGCAACGCAGAGGAGAUUGUUCAGGAGAUGUUGAUCUAUCUUGAAUCGGCCGAUUAUUCUAUUCGGGAAGAGAUGGUAUUAAAGAUUGCUAUUCUGGCUGAGAAAUACGCCAGUGAUUAUUCGUGGUAUGUUGAUGUUAUUCUCAACCUAAUCCGGAUUGCGGGAGAUUAUGUCAGCGAGGAGGUGUGGUACCGUGUCAUCCAGAUUGUAAUUAACCGCGAUGACGUGCAGGGGUAUGCUGCAAAGACUGUUUUUGAGGCUUUGCAAGCUCCGGCUUGUCACGAAAACAUGGUGAAAGUUGGCGGAUAUAUUUUGGGAGAAUUCGGAAAUUUGAUCGCUGGCGAUCCUCGGUCAAGUUCACAAAUUCAGUUUGACCUGCUGUAUUCGAAAUAUCCACUGUGCAGCGUGGCUACACGUUGUCUGCUCUUAUCCACUUUCAUGAAGUUCAUUAAUUUAUUCCCGGAAAUCAAGAUUACGAUUCAAGAUAUUUUGCGUAAUGACACAAACAUUCGCAAUUCGGAUGCAGAACUGCAGCAGCGUUCUGUAGAGUAUCUCCAAUUGAGCAAGAUUGCCUCUGUGGAUAUUUUGGCGACUGUGCUGGAGGAGAUGCCGGCCUUCCCGGAGAGAGAAUCUAGCAUUCUGGCCAAGCUGAAGAAAAAGAAGGAACUGCCGGAUGACUUGGAUACACCGAAGGAAGCGAAGCAUCUCCCACAAGCAAUUGUCAAUAACAAUGAUGCCGUUUCGUCUCCGGAGCGGAGAGGUAGUUUAAAUCGUGGAGCGUCGACGGAUCUUUUGGGCCUUAACUCGCCGACAAAUGCAGCUCCUGCAUUCGGCGGCGGUUUUGAACAGCAGUCCCAGGCGGACUCUUUAUUGGACGUUUUUGGUUCUCCAUCAGCGGUUCGUAAUGGCGGAAUGGUGAAUGGCAAUGUGCAAACUGCCAACGAUACAAACGUGAAAAAGUUUGUUUUCCGGACCUCGGGUGUGAUUUUCGAAAACGACCUGAUACAGAUUGGCAUAAAAUCGCAGUUCACCCAGGCUCAGGCGACUGGCCAGAUAGAAAUUUAUUACGGCAACAAAACUGCGAGUCCCUUUUCACAGUUUACCGUGCAGUCGCGAACGGAUGAUUCCGAAGGGCUCUUGCUGCAGAUGAACCAAAUUGGGCCGGUGGUGCAGGGCAGUGCUCAGGUCAAACAAGUGCUUAAUGCUAAAUGCAUGUCACCGUUCCGUGGACCACCAGUCGCUGUUGUUAAUUUCGUGUGCAACAAUCAUCCCGUGUCCAUUGAAUUUGCAGUCCCGGUGUUCAUUAACAAGUUUUUGGACGGUGCAGCCAUGGAUUCGGAGACGUUUUUCGCUCGUUGGAAGAAACUGAGCCUGCCGGCUCAGGAAGCGCAGGACCAGUUCUUCGCAAAAUACCCCAUGGAUACCGCAGUUACUCGAGAAAAAUUAAGUUCGUUUGGAUUUGCCGUUAUGCCAAAUAUCGAUCCCAACCCGGAAAAUUUUGUGGGAGCCGGUAUCGUUUACACAUCUGCAUUGCAAGUAGGCUGUCUACUGCGGUUGGAACCGAGGCGGAGUGACAACAAGUACCGGAUGACCGUUCGGACCAGCAAUGAGGUGGUGUCGCAGAGCCUUCUUCUGCUGCUGAAAGAUGAAUUUUAACCUGUUUUAAUUGUCUUUUAACCCGGCAUUGUGCAAGCAGAAUAUUCGUCAGUGUACCAUUCCAGGUGGGCGUUUCUGUGCGUACCUUUUUUAACGUGAUUUAGUACGAAUAAAGAUUUUGCGCCUUUCUGAUUAGGGAAAUUUUGUCUUUGUUUGGAAACUUGAAGUCACCGUGCUUAUUGUGUCGAAAUGUCCGACAAUUUUAACGCUGUUCGUGGUUUCUUUGAAUUAUUAUGACUGUUGGACUCUUUCUGUUUAAUUUGUAACUGACCAGUGAUUUUUCCACAAGUGCACAUCUGAACUGUGUACCACCUACAGUCUGUAUGUUAAUUAUUGAUUUUUUGUUGUAAUUUAUGCUUAAUUCAAAUCCCUGUGCCGUUUUUAAUAAAGAAGUCAUCGUGA